AUGGUGAAUUUCUCCAGAGCCCUCAGAGAUGGUGAAUUUCUCUCAAAUGCUCCAGAGCCCUCAAAUGCUCAGGAUGCGCCUUCGUCUCUCCCUGCCCGUCUGCCGAAGCGCCUUUCGUCUCUCCCUGCCCGUCUGCCGAAGCGCCUUUCGUCUCUCCCUGCCCGUCUGCCGAAGCGCCUUUCGUCUCUCCCUGCCCGUCUGCCGAAGCGCCUUUCGUCUCCCUGCCCGUCUGCCGAAGCGCCUUCGUCUCUCCUGCCCGUCUGCCCGAAGCGCCUUUCGUCUCCCCCUGCCCGUCUGCCCAGCGCCUUUCGUCUCUCCUGCCCGUCUGCCCGAAGCGCCUUUCGUCUCUCCUGCCCGUCUGCCAGGCGCCUUUCGUCUCUCUGCCCCUGCCUGUCUGCCGAAGCGCCUUUCGUCUCUCCUGCCCGCCUUCUUCGUCUCCUGCCCGCCUGCCGUGCCCGCCUGCCGAAGCGCCUUUCGUCUCUCCCCUGCCCGUCUGCCAAGCGCCUUUCGUCUCUCUCGUCUCUCCUGCCCGUCUGCCGAGCGCCUUUCGUCUCUCCCGCCCGUUCGUCUCCUGCCCGUCUGCCGAAGCGCCUUUCGUCUCUCCCUGCCCGUCUGCCGAAGCGCCUUUCGUCUCUCCCUGCCCGUCUAAGCGCCUUUCUCCUGCCCGUCUGCCGAAGCGCCUUUCGUCUCUCCCUAACAAAUGAUGUCCCUAUCUCUGUGAAUUUCAGUCUCUCUUUUGUUUCUUUUAACUUUCAUUAUGUUUCAUUCUUUCUUCAAUAUUUCUUUUUUCUUUCACGUUCAUAUUUGUCUCUCCAUCUCUUAUCUACCAUUUUUUUUCUCUUUCUUUCCAUUUUUUUUAUCUUCUUUUCCUUUCUUUUUUUUUUUUUUUUUCCAUUGUUUCUCUUUCUUUCUUUACUUCUCUUCAUUCAUUUUUCUUGUUUGUUUUUUCUCUCUCUCUUAUUCGUUUUGUUUUUUCUCUUUCUUGCUCUCUCUCUCUCUCGCUUUCUUGCUCCCUCUCUCUCUCGCUUUCUUGCUCUCUCUCUCUCUCGCUUUCUUGCUCUCUCUCUCUCUUUCUUGCUCUCUCUCUCUCUCUUGCUUUCUUCUCUCUCUCUCUCUCUGCUUUCUCUCUCUCUCUCUCUUUCUUGCUUUCUCUCUCUCUUGCUUUCUUGCUCUCUCUCUCUUGCUUUCUUACUCUCUCUCUCUUGCUCUCUCUCUCUCUUGCUUUCUUGCUCUCUCUCUCUCUUUCUCUCUCUCUCUCUUCUUCUCUCUCUCUCUCUCUCUCCUUUCUUUCUCUCUCUUUCUUGCUCUCUCUCUCUCUCUCUUUCUUGCUCUCUCUCUCUCGCUUUCUUGCUCUCUCUCUCUCUCGCUUUCUUGCUCUCUCUCUCUCUCGCUUUCUUGCUCUCUCUCUCUCUCUCGCUUUCUUGCUCUCUCUCUCUCUCCUUUCUUCUCUCUCUCUCUCUCUUUCUCUCUCUCUCUCUCUCUCGCUUUCUCGCUCUCUCUCUCUCUCGCUUUCUCUCGCUCUCUCGCUUUCUUGCUCUCUCUCUCUCUCGCUUUCUUCUCUCUCUCUCUCUCGCUUUCUCUCUCUCUCUCGCUUUCUUGCUCUCUCUCUCGCUUUCUUGCUCUCUCUCUCGCUUUCUUGCUCUCUCUCUCGCUUUCUUGCUCUCUCUCUCGCUUUCUUGCUCUCUCUCUCGCUUUCUUGCUCUCUCUCUCUCUCUCUUCUUUCUUCUCUCUCUCUUCUCUCUCUUCUUGCUCUCUCUCUCUUACUCUUUCUCUCUCUCUCUCUUUCUUGCUCUCUCUCUCUUUCUUCUCUCUCUCUCUUUCUUACUCUCUCUCUCGCUUUCUUGCUCUCUCUCUCUCGCUUUCUUCUCUCUCUCUCUCGCUCUCUCUCUCUCUCUCUCUCUCUCUCUCUCUCUCCUUUCUCUCUCUCUCUCUCGCUUUCUUACUCUCUCUCUCUCUCGCUUUCUUCUCUCUCUUUCUCUCUCUCGCUUUCUUUCUCUCUCUUUCCUCUUUCUUGCUCUCUCUCUCUUUCUUUCUUGCUUUCUUCUCUCUCUUUCAUCUCUCUUUCUUGCUCUCUCUCUCGCUUUCUUGCUCUCUCUCUCGCUUUCUUGCUCUCUCUCUCUUUCUUACUCUCUCUCUCUCUCUCGCUUUCUUGCUCUCUCUCUACUUUCUUGCUCUCUCUCUAACUUUCUUACUCUCUCUCUCUUUCUUACUCUCUCUCUCUUACUUUCUUUCUCUCUUUCUUUUCGCUCUACGCUCUUUCUCGCUUUUUCACUUUCUCUCUUUCUCGCUUUCUUACUUUCUCUCUCUUUCUCGCUUUCUGCUCUUUCUCUUUCUCUCUCCUUUUCUUUCCCCUUUCUCUCUCGCUUUUUCUUUCGCUUUCUCUCUCUCUUUCUCUCUUUCGCUUUCUUCUCUCUCUCUCUCGCUCUUUCUUUCUUUCUCGCUCUCUCUCGCUUCGCUUUUCUUCGCUUUCUCUCUCUUUCUCACUUUCUUACUCUCUCUCUCUUAUUCUUUCUCUCUCUACUCUCGCUCUCUUAUGCUCUCGCUCUCUUUUCUCGCUCUCUCUUUCUUUCUUCUCGCUCUCUCUCUCUUUCUGCUCUCUUUCAUCUCUCUUUCAUCUCUCUUUCAUGCUCUUUCUCUCUUUUAGCUCUCUCUUUCAUCUCUCGCUUUCUUUUCUCUCUUUCAUUCUCUGCUUUCUUUUUCCUGUUUAAUUCGCUCUUUCAUUAUUGUCUUCUUCUUUCUCUUCAUUUUUUUAUCAUUCAUUUUUUUCUUUUUUUGCUCCAUUUCUUUUUAUUUCUUAUUCUUUUCAUUUUUUCUUCCUAUUUUUCUUUCUUUUCUUAUAUAUUUUUCUUUCCAAUGAUUUCUUUUUCUUUCCCUUUUCAAUCAAUCGACUCUCUUCUGUCUCUUCUUUCUCUUCAUUCCGUCCUGAAAUCCUUUGUCUCUUCUUUCUCUUCACUCCCUCCUAAAUAUCUUUUGUCUCUUCUUUCUCUUCACUCCCUCCUAAAUAUCUUUUGUCUCUUCUUUCUCUUCACUCCCUCCUAA